UCAAUAACUCAAAAAUAUAGGAAGUUGCACAUUGUGUGUUACAUAGUUCAGUAAGGUUGUUUUUGAAAAAAAAAAAAUCCUAUAUUUUAAUAUAAUGGGUUUUAAUGAAACUAAUCCCAUAAUAAAAACAUCAUCAGAUGGAGUAUGGCAAGGAGAACCUACUUUACACUAUGCUUUCCCAUUGUUGAUUAUUCAAACAACAUUAGUUGUUUUCCUCAGUCGAUUACUUGCUUUCCUCCUCAAGCCACUCCGUCAACCUAAAGUCAUCGCGGAGAUCCUCGCAGGGAUUAUGCUUGGACCAUCAGCAUUUGGGAGGAACAAAACUUUCACACAUUGGAUUUUUCCAUCAUGGAGUACUCCAAUUCUUGAAUGUGUAUCAAGCGUAGGCCUCUUAUUUUUCUUAUUCCUUAUUGGCCUUGAAUUGGACCUAAACACCAUACUUAAAAGUGGGAAAAAGGCUGCUGGAAUUGCAUUUGCAGGAAUUUCAUUGCCCUUUCUCUUUAGCAUUGGAGUUACUUUUGUUCUAAGAAAAAUAAUCAAAGGGAUUGAUAGUGUUGGAUAUGGAGAAUUUUUCUUGUUCAUUGGUGUUUCACUUUCAAUCACUGCCUUCCCUGUUCUUGCUCGAAUCCUAGCAGAAUUAAGGUUACUUACUACACAAGUUGGUGAAAUGGCCAUGGCAGCAGCUGCAUUCAAUGAUGUUGCUGCAUGGAUUUUACUUGCUCUUGCAGUUGCUCUAGCAGGAGGAACAACAGCUCAUCAUAGUCCUUUAAUUUCCCUAUGGGUUCUUCUAUCUGGAAUUGGAUUUGUGAUUUUUAUGUUCCUAAUUAUUAGACCAAUUAUGAUUAAGGUGGCACAAAAAUAUUCAAGUGGUGGGAACAACAAUAAUAUUGUUGAGGAAUUAUACAUAUGUUUGACCUUAGUUGGAGUAAUGUUGUUUGGUUUUACGACUGAUUUUAUUGGUAUACAUGCAAUAUUUGGAGCAUUUAUUUUUGGAUUAGUUAUACCAAAAAAUGGGGAUUUUUCAGGGAGGUUAAUUUCAAGAAUUGAAGAUUUUGUUUCUGGAUUAUUAUUGCCACUUUAUUUUGCAUCAAGUGGGAUUAAGACUGAUAUUUCACAAAUUCAUGGUGUUGGGGCAUGGGGACUUGUGGUUCUUGUUGUGUCAACAGCUUGUGCAGGGAAAGUUUUGGGGACAUUUAUAGUGGGAAUUAUGUUCUGUGCUAUACCAAUGAGGGAAGCCUUAGCACUUGGAUUUUUGAUGAAUACAAAAGGGUUGGUGGAGCUCAUUGUUCUAAAUAUUGGCAAAGAAAAAAAGGUUUUGGACGAUGAGACAUUUGCAAUAUUGGUGAUCAUGGCUCUUUUCACAACCUUCAUUACAACUCCUAUAGUAAUGGCUAUUAACAAGAAACCAUCAUCAAAGGAAGAUUUUCAACUCGAAAAACCACAGAAAAAGACCAAAAAACAAAACAAUCUCCAAAUCCUAGCGUGCUUACGUGGCCCGAGAGAUGCACAUACGCUCAUUAACCUCAUAGAGUCACUAAGGUCCGAUAAAAACAACAAUAACUACGCCUCAGUCAUCAAACUAUACGUGAUGCGACUCGUGGAAUUCACCGACCGGCUCUCGUCUAUAACCAUGGUUCAACGCACCCGAAAGAACGGGUUCCCGUUCAUCAGUGGGGUGCUCCGCGGAGACAACUCGACCGAUCAAGUGGGCGCAGCGUUCGAGGCGUAUAGCACGCUAGGACGGGUCAUUGUUCGACCCGCAAUGGCUAUAUCUGGUUUAUCGGACUUGCAUGAGGAUAUUAUUCAUGUUGCGGAGAAAAAACGAGUUGAAUUGAUUAUUUUGCCAUUUUAUAAAUAUUGGCAAAUAGAAGGGAAUGAAGUGGAGAUUCAUGCAGGGCAAGGAUGGAAAAUGGUGAAUGAGAGAGUGAUGAGUCGAGCGCCGUGCUCGGUAGCGGUGGUGAUUGAUCGUGGACUACAAGUUAACAAUGGGAUGAGAGUUUGCAUUGUGUUUUUUGGAGGAGUUGAUUGUUGUAAGGCAUUGGAAAUUGGUAGUAAAAUGGUUGAACAUCCUGCUAUUAGAGUUACAUUAGUAAGAUUCAUUCAUCCUGGAAGUACUAAUUUUGAUGAAGCUCAAAGGUCUUUGGAUGAUAUUACUAUUUCAGAGUUCAAGAUGAAGUGCGGUAAACAAAUUCUAUAUGCUGAGAAAGAAGCAAACAAUUAUAAUUUGGUGACUGAAGUGUUGGCAAUUGGAAAAUGUGGGGAAUUUGAACUCAUGAUAAUAGGGAAUAAAGUUAAGUUCCCACAAGGCAUAAUGGCAAAACUAUUUGAUGAGCAACACUUAAAUGAGAAGAAUAAUUCAGAAUUUGGACCAAUGGCUAAUUUAUUGGCUUCAUCAGGCAAAGGGAUAACAAGCUCUGUCCUAGUGAUUCAACAACAACAUGCUAGUAAUGAUAUUGGGAACUCAAAAGUGGCUAGUUUUGUAGAUGGUUCAGGCAACAUUGAUAACAAUGUGUGAUUAAUUUGAUAUGAUAUGGUAUUGUCAUCAAAUUAGUAUUAGUUGUUGUCAUUUUCUUGAGUGGAGGAUGUAUCAGAAAUAACGUUUCAACCCCAUGAGGAUAGGAGUAAGGUCUGUGUAUAAACCAUUCUCCCCACUUGUAAGAUUAUAGUGGAAUUGUUAUUGUUGUCGUGUUGUUAGCUUUGGCAGUUGAAUUUGAAGAAUAGUAAUUAAAGUUUACAUUAGUGUGCUUUGUUUGUAUAUGUAGAAGAGUUGAAAAAAAUGAGUGAAGUCCCUUCUCAUCUCAUAUUAUGACUAUCUAAGACUUUAAGUUGUGUUUU